AUUACACUCAUUCGCGAUUAUCGCCUUUCACAAUGCUCCGAAAGUGUAUUCAAGACACAUACAGAAUUGGUUUGAUGAAACAUGGCUUACAGCGAGCUCCGAUGAACCGAUAUGCAAUUUCAAAACAACUUAGAACAAUCAAAUCAUCUCCACAGCCGCUCUGGAAACAGCAGGCGGGUUUUAAUUCUUCGCAAUACAACUCUGUUUUACCCGGCAACUCACGGUGGCAAAGCACAAAAGCAGAAACGGAAGAACAGAUGGAAAAAGUCAAAAGAGUGAUUUUGGGUGAAGAAAAGCUAUACACAAAAUCAGAGAAGGAAUGGAGAAUACCCGAAUCAGAAGCGGAACCUCCUAAGGUUUUAAAACCAUUCUUAUAUUUCAUAGGAAUCGGAGUUACUUCGUAUACAAUUGCUGCUUGGUUAGUGAUCAAAGACACAACCAAAGGGAUGCAAGAUGCGGUAAAGUUGUACGAUCAGUUGCCAGAGCUUCGUUCAAAAUAUAAAGAUGUAGUACGAGGAAGCUGGGGAUCUUUGGGAAGUAUAAGUGAAAGGGAUCUAAAAAUUGUUGAAUACCAUCAAGCUGUGAUGAAGCAAGAGGAAAGGGAGAAACGGGUAGCAUACUGGUGCAAACUAUUACGCUUACCAAAAGAGCUCAACGAUGGUUUGAUACAAGCAACAAGAUGGAUGUCUGGCACCUAUAUGUCACUUUCCGGAAGUGAAUUCCCGUCCGCUCCGAUUAUAGCACUUUCUACCGUAAUUUUCCUUGGUUUCGACAUCAGUCGAACGGGAAUUUUCGGCAAGAAUACGUUCGUAUUACUACGAAAGCAUCUAGUUCAUUACCCAGCUGCUAAUCGGAUUUACACGUUAACGAUGUCUGGUUUUACACACGCUCGUUUUGGCAGCUUCCUUAUCAAUGCAACUGUUUUAUUCUUCCUCGGUAACAGUGUAUUGGCAGGUUCAGGAUAUUUUCCACAUCGUACGCCUGAAAGGAAUAGAUCGUAUCACCUUCUUGCAUUUUGUAUAACGGCAGCAACAUUGACUUCUUUAUCCUCGCAAAUUUUUUCACGGUUGUUGUUUAUGCGUGCUACAAAGUUAUACGGAUCUCAAGUUGCAAGAAAGACCGUCGGUCGUAUGCCGCAACUUGGAGCAAUUGGAAUUUCGACCAGCUUGGCGGGAAUUUCUUCUGUCCAAUUAAUCGCAUUUGCUGAGCAAAAGUACCACUCUAUGCAAGAAGGACGCAAGGAAUUUAAGCAAGCUAUGGACACCUUUGCACUCCUCAACUUCUUUUACGUCUAUACUCGUUUGGUCUUCCUGGCAAUGAGCCUUUUUCAAGGAAACAUGGCGACGCGAGGAAAUCCUGUAGCUGUAACGGGGUUGCUUUUUGGUUUCACUUACUCCAUCUUUGGACUGGAUUACUGGGAGCAUUUAAAACAAAUUUUUGCUGAGCGUGAUCAACGUUUACAGCUUGCAAUCUAUCAAAGUCAUCAGCUAGCAGAAAAAAAGUUAAAGGAGUUUUAUCCUGACCUAUACGAUCGUAAGAAAGUUCCCAAGAAGCGCUUCGUAUAGAGUCUUUACUGGCAUUUUCUUUUUCAUAGCCCCUUUUUCACUUCUCAUAUCACCUCUAAUAAAAUAAUCACAAC